CAGUCCUCGACUUAGUUCGGUCGCACUCGUGUCUAACAAGUUUUGUGUCUAGUUCUGUGUUUGUUAAUUAAUGUGAUGUGUUGAAUUCAAUAUGACGUAGAAUACAAGUAUGGAUGACAAAAACAAUGUGUUCAGGAUGGAAUCUACGACUACCCUUCGGUCAGAGAGUGUUGACCUUAAUGAAAAAUACAACCCUUUUGAAAACAGGAAUGUGCCCCACACGACGUCGACACUGGGUUCAUUCUUCCAUUUGCUCAAAUCAGCGUUAGGAACAGGUCUGCUAGCUAUGCCAGCGGCAUUUAAAAACAGUGGCCUUAUCCCAGGAAGCAUCGGAAUAGUAUUAGUGGCAGUUAUCGCUACCCAUUGUGUUCAUAUAUUAGUAAAAACCUCUCGCGACAUCUGCGAAGAAUGUCGUCUGGGAUCAUUAAGUUACACAGAUACAUGUGUCAAAGUAUUUAAACACGGACCUAAUAGACUAAGGUCUUACACUGGAUUCGUAAGAAACUUUGUUGACUACGCUAUGGCUGGAGUUUGUCUCGGCGGGACCAGUGUUUAUGUCAUAUUCAUCGCGUCUUCUUUAAAAAAUAUAUUGGACCACUUCUAUCCGGAACAUAAGUAUUCAGUGGAACUGUAUUGUGCCAUAUUACUUUUGCCUCUUGUCGUUCUAACUCAAGUGAGACAUCUAAAAUUUCUUGUUCCAUUCUCCAUAUUUGCAAAUGUAUGCCUCCUUUUGACAUUCAUAGCGACUUGUUAUUACACCUUUACGGAUUUAUCAAAGGCGCCCGAUGUCAAUCUUAUCUCUAGUGUAGAGCAAUGGCCUCUGUUUCUGAGUACAGCUAUAUUUUCGAUGGAAGGAAUCAACGUGGUUAUGCCAGUAGAGAAUGAGAUGAGUAAUCCGGAACAUUUCCUGGGCUGUCCUGGAGUGUUGAAUGCCACUAUGUUGGUAGUCGUCAUCCUGUAUGCUGUCGUGGGAUUUUUUGGAUACUUGAAAUAUGGGGAAAGUGUACUUGGAAGCAUAACAUUGAACUUACCAGAAGAUGAAAUACUGGCAUUGGCAGCCAAAAUUCUUGUUGCUGUGGCUGUAUUCUUUACAUAUUUCCUCCAAAUGUACGCUCCAAUGGACAUUUUAUGGUUGCGUAUGAAGGAAAGAAUCAGUCAAAAAUAUCAUAACCUUGGACAGAUUAUACUACGAACUGUGAGUGUAACGAUAACAGUCGUCUUAGCAGUUGCCGUACCCGACCUCGAACUUUUAAUCGGUCUCGUCGGAGCCAUAUUCUUUUCAACAUUAGGUCUACUAAUUCCAAUUGUGGUUCAAACCGUUCACAAAUGGGAGAGAGGCUUGGGGAAAUAUUCUUAUAUUUUAUGGAAAAACGCUCUUUUAUUAAUAGUGUACAUAGUUGUAAUAGUAUCUGGUUGUUAUUCAAGUAUCACAAAAAUUAUUGAAAAAUUUAUAUAAUAUUCUCAAGUUCUUUCAAAAUUUUAAAAUAACGACUUAUCCAAUUAACUCAUGAUUUUUUUGUAUUAUAGGCGAAAAGAGUGUGUAAAGUAAGUAAUAAAUUUAGUCUUUAAUAUGCAUCGUGUGUAAAUAGUAAAUGGAAUGUUAAAUGUUUACAUUUAAGUAACUAUUAGAGGUGUGAUGUGAUGUGAAACAUUCUAAACGUAAGAUGUAUUGUAAGUCGGAGAGGAUAUUCGACAAAUCUUACUAUGUGAUAUUAAAAUAUUUAAAGAAAAAUAUAUAUAACAGGAGUCUGCAACAUAAAUUAUCUUGGCAAGACAUUGAAUCUUGAUAACUUUUUACUGUGACAACUUGAAUCAGCCAUAAUCUCAAGUUUCUGUUUAUGGAUCAGAGUAACUUAAAAAAUAUAAAUAUAUGAACUUUAAAAUGAUAAA